AUGCGCAGCGCGUCGGCUAAGUCGUUGCGACACCAGCAGCUGCAACAACCGCAGUUGAUAGGAUCUGGAGAUUGUUGUGGUCGCGUGCAGCGGUUACGUCACCAGCAGCAGCACUUUCACCUGACUGUGACAAAUGAUGGGGAGCGACGCAAAUCGCUGUCCACGCCCAGCUUACGCAUCACUGAGACGACAUUACGCAGAUCCAACGAGAGUAAGAGCUUGGAGAGCAAGAAGCGAGUGGUGAAAAUGCUCUUUGUGCUAGUGCUGGAGUUCUUUAUCUGUUGGACGCCGUUGUACGUAAUCAAUACGAUGACUAUGCUGAUUGGGCCUGUGGUGUAUGAGUAUGUGGAUUAUACGGCCAUCAGUAUCCUGCAGCUGCUGGCCUACUCAUCGAGCUGUUGCAAUCCCAUUACCUAUUGCUUCAUGAAUGCUAGCUUUCGACGUGCGUUUGUAGACACUUUCAAGGGACUGCGACUGUGCGAGGGGGGACACUUUCGGUUGUGCAAACGGCGAUCUAAUAAUAAGACCGAUUUUUCGGUGGCUGGCAACUCAAUAGCUUUGGCCAAUUCUGUAAUCUCCAGCCACACCAUAUUGGAAAGUCCGCGACUCUGAGCCAGCCGGCGGCAGCAUAACAAGUCGAGGACGCUGACACGGAUGCAUAAUAGAAACAGGAACAAGGACUAUAACAGACGUGAGACUGGGGAACCGAUCAGGAUAAAGAACACGAUAGGACAGGGGCAAAUGGAAACAAAGUCACUAUAAAUGAAUUUGUCAUUCCAGUAAGUUAUGUGCAAGAAACUAAAACUGUGGUUGUCAACGAUUCUAUUCCAAGUGCGUUGGUGAUUGGUAUGAAAAUACUCGUAAAAUACUCCCACUUAUUACAUAUUUGUGUUUUUAAUGUAUUUAAUAAACUGCAUUUCUAGAAAUAAGAAUAUACACCUGGCUGCAAACCUCCACCAUUGUAAAAUAAGGAUAAAUAUAACAGAUUUUUUUUAGUAAUUGACAUCGCAUUUAAAUAAACUAGUGAAGUGAUAAGUAGUGCUAAGGAAUAAAUUAUUUAUUUAUAAUUGAAA